AUGGCGAAGUCAAAGGCGAGGGUUUACACCUGGUGCGCGCUGCUGCUUCUCUGCGUGCUCGUCUUAAUUGUGUGUCUUGCUGUAUUUGUGAGACGCAAGUGUCCAGCCGGGACCUUCUCACGUGCUGCAGUGGCCGCAGACUCUCGGACGUGUUCAGAGAUUGGACGGGACAUCCUCCAACGAGGGGGCUCAGCAGUAGAUGGCGCCAUUGCUGCACUGCUGUGCACCUCCAUCAUCAACCCUCAGAGUAUGGGCCCUGGAGGGGGGUCCAUAUUCACUGUGAUGGACAGCUCUGGUAAAGUGAAAAUCAUCAACGCCAGAGAGACCGUACCACAGAAGUUUAAACCUGACCUGCUCAAGUCAUGUCCCAAGACCUUCCAGUUGCUGUCAGGUAGUCAAUGGAUCGGGGUCCCAGGGGAAAUUCGAGGAUACGAACAGGCACACAGGCUUUAUGGGAAGUUGCCGUGGGCCACCCUCUUCCAGCCGACCAUCCAACUGGCCAGGAAGGGGUUUCCCAUCCCUCAAAUCCAAGGUCGAUACAUCUCACACGUUGAUACGAACCAGACCCAGGCACUGCGGAAGUUAUUUUCAGAUAAGGACGGGAACUUGCUGAAGACUGGCAACACAGUGAGGUUUGAGAAACUGGCUGACACCUUUGAGAUGAUUGCGAAUCACGGGGCAGACGUCUUCUACACUGGGAGAGUGGCAGAGGAUUUAAUCCGAGACAUACAGGAGGCAGGAGGAACGCUCACGAUGCAGGACCUGGCGUCGUACAGAGCUACAGUGACUGAUGCGUGGGCUGUUCCUUUGGGAGAGUACCAGAUGUACAUACCUCCACCCCCUGCAGGCGGCACCAUCCUCAGCCUCAUCCUGAACAUCCUCAAAGGAUAUGGCCUGAAUUCAGCGUCUCUGACAGGGGAACUGAAGACUCUGGCAUAUCACCGCUACGUUGAAGCCUUCAAGUUUGCCAAUGGACUGAAGAAACACAUCCAUCCACAGCUCACUUCAGAACAAAUGGCGAGGAAAUUCACAGAGGACAGCUUUGCCGACAACAUACGCAACUUGAUCAGCAGCGACAAGACUCACGAUCCCCAGUACUAUAACAUCACCCCGCACCUGGACAGUGUGGGCACCACGCACGUGUCGGUGCUGGCUGAGGAUGGAUCUGCUGUGUCUGUCACCAGCACCAUCAACCACAUCUUUGGCUCCAAGGUCUUCUCUCCGAGCACCGGAGUCAUCCUCAACAACGAGCUGUCCGACUUCUGCGGCCGAGUCGACAAUCUCUUUCCUGGGGAUCAGCCUCCCUCCUCCAUGUCUCCCGCCGUGCUGAAGUCUCAGUCGAAGACGCUGGUGAUUGGAGCGACCGGGGGGAGCAUGAUAACGACCGGGAUUGCCUCGACGCUCAUGAACCACCUUUGGUUUGGAAAGAGCCUGAAGGAGGCCAUCGCUGCCCCUGUUGUUUUCAUCGACUCUAAAAACACACUGAGGUUUGAAUCCAACUUUGACAAGAAUGUAAUCAAGGCUCUUAAAGCUCUGGGGCACAAGCAAGAGAUGUCGAACAUCUUCUACAAUGUGGUCAACGCUGUGGAGCAGGAGAAUGGCUGUAUCUGUGCCGUGUCUGAUGCCAGGAAACUGGGCCAAGCAGCCGGAUACUGAGACAGCGAGUGAGUGACGUCGGAUGCGUGGGAUGGCCUGAAGGUUGAGGAGACCUUCCUGCUGCCACGAACAGAUUGUGUUUGUCCUGCUGGAAAAUGAUCGCAUGGGGCGCUGAACAACAUGCGUCUUCAGCUGAACACUUACAGUUUACAUGUAGCAGUUAAAAACACAUGGCCUCUGAUUGUUACUGUUACAUGAUGGAUUUCUCUCUGUGACUGAACCCGACCUCCCACUGCUCCGUGUUCAGCUUAUUUUUACAUGUUCUUAUCUCUCGAGCCAUUUCUGACAUAUUUCUGUCGGAAAACUGAAUUCAAACACUGAUCAAUGUUCAUUCAUUCCAUUGCUGACAUCAUACAAAUGAUUUGAUGUUGUUAAUAUCUGGGAUACAUGCUACUUUUCACUGUCUCACUAAACUAAUAACUUGUUAAUAUCUGGUAUCAUGUGAUAUUCACUCUCAGUACUAUAGCCCUGAUUCUUCAGACAUAAUUAGGGCCUUAUAUUAUUUUUCUUAGGGGGCGGUUGUGGGCCUAGACAUGCCUCAAAAACUCAUGAAACUUUGUAAGAAAUUCAAAAGUGGUAAAAAUGUACGCAUUCUGGAGUAAUUUGAAAUGGGCAUGGCAAACUGUCUCUAUAGCUUACACAGAUUUUCAGGAAAUUGGGUACACAUUCGUAUCAUGAACAGACGCACAAAAAACUCUCUAGGAGUUUUAUGAAAAAGCAACAGGAAGUCGAAGAUUUUGGAUUUAGGGGCCACUUUGGCCAUUUUACACAUUCGUAUUUCAACUCCUCCUAAAACUUUCAUCAGAUCAACUUCAGAUUCGUUGAGGGUCAUCUCAACAACAUGGAGAUUAAAACUAACUUGAUCUUUGAGAUUUAGUCACACAGUGUGGCCGUGGUGUGGCGUCAAACUUUGAUUCCAUGCCAUCAAAUCACAAGGCUGUUGUAUUUUUAUAAUGUCACAGUAACAGGUAACAGUGAUCACUGAUUCCUUAGAUGUCUUAGAUGUUGCCAAUGUGAAAGAUUUAUACUAUCUGAACACAACAAGUGUUUUUGACCUGAACUGAUCUAUGGGUCUGUAUGUAGUGAUGGUGAUAGCACCACUGUCUGCCAAAACAAGGUAAGCCUUGUUUUAGAACUUUAAUUCGAUUAACAUUACUUUUUCAGCGUGUGGUCCACACUUGAUGGCGUGGACCGUAAUGCAUGAUCCAGCGCCCCGCUUUUCAGGGCCUAGACAUACUCAAAAACCUAUUUAACCCCAAAACAAUUUUGUAUUAUGGAGUAAUUUGAAAUGGGCUUGGCAAAUUGGCCCUAACAGCGCCCUCUAAAGAGUAGCCCCUGAGUCUGGUUUCACCGAUCUUCACGAAAUUCGGUACUAUGAGCAGACGGGGAAAAAAGAUUAACCCAACAGGAAGUCAGCCGUUAAGAAUUUAUGGCCAUUUGGGCUAUUUUACACGUUGUGUAUUUUAAUUGAACCUUUUUUGAGUUUUCAUCACACGUUCUGACCGUGGUGUGGCGUCAAAGUUUGAUGAUUAGCCAAAAAAGAGGGAUUUAUUAUAACUCCACUGUGCAUUGUCCAAUCAGCCUCAACCCUCUUUCACAAGAUCACAGCGCUGAACAGAUCCAUAUUUCAAUAUCGACUCAUUGUCACAACAACACCUGCUGGCGACAGGAAGUGACAUGAUUUUUAUUUUGAUGCACUGCUCCUGGCUGCUUUACAAUAUACAGCUAAAGUUAGUUAAGACAAGUCAUAUGACCAUGGUCAGAAUUGUGACCUUAAACAUUAAGAUGCAACAAAGUUUCAUUCCUCCCCAAAGAAGACGAUGUUGUCAUAAGUCCAUGGUGCAUUGUCCAAUCUUCACUAAAAUACUUUCCCAUGAUCAGAGUCAUGGCCUGAACAGCUCCACAUUUCAAUAUUAAGUCUAGGUCAUAGCGUCACCUACUGAUUCACUGUGACACAAAAGUUUCUUUUGACUCCACUGUGCAUUGUCCAAUCGGCACCAAAAUACUCAGUAUAUCGUGAAGGUAAUAGCACCACCUACUUAUCAGCUUGAAGUGAAGUUGUUGUUACUCUACUGUACAUUGUCCAAUCGGCCCCAAAUUGCUCACGCUUCAUGAGAGCCCCGACCUGAACCGAUCUAAUUGAUAGCGGCAAGGAAGUAGGCCUCGUUUUACAACUUUAAUCGAUUGACAUUAUAUUUUGACCAUGUGGUCUGCACGGAAUAUUUUUAUUACUUGAAUACAUUAUACAGGAGCACAUGAAUUCAUAAUAUGUAAA